GCGGGCCCGACUGCAGUCCCGGCGGGAGCGGAGCGAGCCGCGGCCGGGCCGAGCCGGCGCCAUGGGGCGGCGCCGCCUGUGAGCGCGGCGAGCGGAGCCGCGGGCGCCGGGCCAGGCGGGCGGCGGCGCCCCGGGCGGGAGCGGGCGCGGGGCGCGGGGCGCGGGGGGCGCGAGCGCGGCGGGCGCGGAGCGGAGGGCGCGGGGCCGCGCGGCGGGACAGGCCGCCGCCGCCGCCAAGAUGGCGGACCUGGAGGCGGUGCUGGCCGACGUGAGCUACCUGAUGGCCAUGGAGAAGAGCAAGGCCACGCCGGCCGCGCGCGCCAGCAAGAAGAUCCUGCUGCCCGAGCCCAGCAUCCGCAGUGUCAUGCAGAAGUACCUGGAGGACCGGGGCGAGGUGACCUUUGAGAAGAUCUUCUCCCAGAAGCUGGGGUACAUGCUUUUCCGCGACUUCUGCCUGAAGCACCUGGAGGAGGCCAGGCCGUUGGUGGAGUUCUAUGAGGAGAUCAAGAAAUACGAGAAGCUCGAGACUGAGGAGGAGCGCCUGACCCGCAGCCGGGAGAUCUUCGACACCUACAUCAUGAAGGAGUUGCUGGCCUGCUCGCACCCCUUCUCGAAAAGCGCCACUGAGCACGUUCAGGGCCACCUGGUGAAGAAGCAGGUGCCUCCGGAUCUCUUCCAGCCAUACAUUGAAGAGAUUUGUCAGAACCUCCGAGGGGAUGUGUUCCAGAAAUUCAUCGAGAGUGAUAAAUUCACACGCUUUUGCCAGUGGAAGAACGUGGAGCUCAACAUCCAUCUGACCAUGAACGACUUCAGCGUGCACCGCAUCAUCGGGCGAGGGGGCUUUGGUGAGGUGUAUGGGUGCCGGAAGGCCGACACAGGCAAGAUGUACGCCAUGAAGUGCCUGGACAAGAAGCGCAUCAAGAUGAAGCAGGGGGAGACCCUGGCCCUGAACGAGCGCAUCAUGCUGUCCCUCGUCAGCACAGGGGACUGCCCCUUCAUCGUCUGCAUGUCCUAUGCAUUCCACACGCCAGACAAGCUCAGCUUCAUCCUGGAUCUCAUGAACGGCGGGGACCUGCACUACCACCUUUCCCAGCACGGGGUCUUCUCCGAGGCGGACAUGCGCUUCUAUGCCGCGGAGAUCAUCCUGGGCCUGGAGCACAUGCACAACCGCUUCGUUGUCUACCGGGACCUGAAGCCGGCCAACAUCCUCCUGGACGAGCACGGCCAUGUGCGCAUCUCAGACCUGGGCCUGGCCUGCGACUUCUCCAAGAAGAAGCCCCACGCCAGCGUGGGCACCCACGGGUACAUGGCCCCCGAGGUCCUGCAGAAGGGCGUGGCCUAUGACAGCAGCGCCGACUGGUUCUCGCUGGGCUGCAUGCUCUUCAAGUUGCUGCGGGGGCACAGCCCCUUCCGGCAGCACAAGACCAAAGACAAGCAUGAGAUCGACCGCAUGACGCUGACAAUGGCUGUGGAGCUGCCUGACUCCUUCUCCCCCGAGCUCCGCUCUUUGCUGGAGGGGCUUCUGCAGAGGGAUGUGAACCGGAGACUGGGCUGCCGGGGCCAAGGGGCUCAGGAGGUGAAGGAGAGCCCCUUCUUCCGCUCCCUGGACUGGCAGAUGGUUUUCUUGCAGAAGUACCCUCCCCCGCUCAUCCCCCCACGAGGGGAGGUGAAUGCGGCCGACGCCUUCGACAUCGGCUCCUUUGAUGAGGAGGACACCAAAGGAAUCAAGUUACUGGACAGUGACCAGGAGCUCUACCGCAACUUCCCCCUCACCAUCUCGGAGCGGUGGCAGCAGGAGGUGGCCGAGACCGUGUUCGACGCCAUCAACACCGAGACGGACCGGCUAGAGACGCGAAAGAAAACCAAAAAUAAGCAGCUGGGCCACGAGGAAGACUAUGCCCUGGGCAAGGACUGCAUCAUGCACGGCUACAUGUCCAAGAUGGGCAACCCCUUCCUGACGCAGUGGCAGCGGCGCUACUUCUACCUGUUCCCCAACCGGCUGGAGUGGCGGGGCGAGGGCGAGGCCCCGCAGAGCCUGCUGACCAUGGAGGAGAUCCAGUCAGUGGAGGAGACGCAGAUCAAGGAGCGCAAGUGCCUCCUGCUCAAGAUCCGCGGCGGGAAGCAGUUCGUCCUGCAGUGCGACAGCGACCCCGAGCUGGUGCAGUGGAAGAAGGAGCUGCGCGACGCCUACCGGGAGGCCCAGCAGCUGGUGCAGAGGGUGCCCAAGAUGAAGAACAAGCCCCGCUCGCCCGUGGUGGAACUGAGCAAGGUGCCGCUGAUCCAGCGAGGCAGUGCCAACGGCCUCUGACCCCGCCCGCCGCCGCCCACCGCCGCCUUUUAUAAACCUCUAAUUUAUUUUGUCGGAUUUUUAUUAUUUGUUUUCCCGCCAAGCGGAAAAAGUUUUAUUUUGUAAUUAUUGUGAUCUCCUGUGGCCCCAGCCUGGCCCAGCCCCAAGGGAGGGGUCCGCUUGCCUUGGCUCCCGCUGCCGCCCCCCCAGCCACCACCCAGCACCCUCAGCCCCGACCCCGGGAGCCGGCCGCUCCCAGCGUCUUCCUGUGGAGGAGCAGCAGCCCCGGCCGCCCUCCGCCCCGCCCGGGGGAUGCUGCCCCAGCUGUGCCACCUCAGGCUGCGUGGGCGGCGUCCCUGCCCACGGCGCCGCCGGCCACCAGCGUCCCCUGCCCCAGGGGAGGCCGCAGCCCAGGGAGACCACUUGAAUUUCCCCACCGCGGCCCACCUGCCACAGGGACCAGCCCUGCACUGUCCCGCCCCCGCCAGUGGGGUGGAGGGAGCCGCUGUCUCCCGGGUCACUGGCCAUCUCCCUUCCCACCUGCCCUGACGCCACGGGCUCCACAGGGAAGGCGGCUCAGUGGCGGGUGCUGCUGCCCUCGCUGUCGCCCCUCCUCCCAGUACCGGGUUCAGGGCCCACGGAGAGGAGACGGGGGACGCCACACUGGCCUCCCGGGUCUGAGGUCCCCAGGCCUCCCCGGGGGGUGAGGCCUCCUCUGCCCUGGGCCACAGGACCCGCCCCAGGCCAGCCAGUGUGUCCGGCUGCCCCACAGCCCACGCCCUGUGGCGCCCCUGCCCGCAGGGCGCCGCCCCACCCGCGCAUGCCCCUCGUGCCAGUCGCUGCGUGUGUGGUGUCCGCCCUCUCCCGGCCGGUGGGCGAGCCCUCCCUCCCCUCCACUCACCUCGGGGCGUUACUUUGCCGAUAUCUGAAUGUGAUUUUACAGAGUGGAAAAUGAGAUUGCAUUUUUAUAAAAAAUGGUGCCUGACUCCUUCGCGUGCCACUCUU